AGCUCUUUUCCAACUCUGAAAAAGCCUAGAGCUUCACCUAUUUAAACUCAUAUUGGACUGCAGUUGGACACAGUCAUGUCUCUUAUAACUGAUUCAGAGAGUUUGAGUUUAUCAGAAGAUUUCUACCAAGAUCUGAAAGACACUAGAUAUAUGAAGUCAAUGAAAACAGGAGGCAAAAAACCAACAAGACAGAAUCAUAGUGAGAUUGAGAAGAGGAGAAGGGACAAGAUGAACACAUAUAUUUCAGAGCUGGCAACUUUGGUGCCUAUGUGCUCUGCUAUGUCAAAGAAGCUAGACAAGCUAACAGUUCUUCGCAUGGCAGUUCAGCACAUCAAAACUAUUCGGGGAUCUGUCCACUCUCUUACUGAAGGAAGAUGCAAACCUUCCUUUCUGUCACAUCAGGAAUUGAAACAAAUUAUUCUUCAGAUUGCAGAUGGGUUUGUUUUCGUUGUUGGAUGUGAUAGAGGGAGAAUCCUUUAUGUCUCUGCAAGUGUGACUCGUCUUUUGGGAUAUUCUCAAUCUGAUUUUAUAGGUCAGAGUUGGUUUGAUAUCCUUCACCCAAAAGACAUAUCUAAGGUCAAGGAACAGCUUUCAUCCUCUGAUCUCAGUCCUCGGGAAAGACUUAUUGAUUCCAAAACUUUUCUGCCUGUAAAAGCAGAUGUUCCCAAUGAGAACCAACUGAUAGGCUUCUGUACUGGUGCAAGGAGGUCCUUUUUCUGUCGUAUGAAAUGCAAGAAUGUUGGGCUUCCGGUGAAGGAAGAGGCUGAUACUAUGACUGGAACUCCAAGGAAGAAGAGAUGCCAGGGAUCAGGGGACAAGCGGUUUAAAGUGAUUCAUUGCACUGGAUAUUUGAAAGCAUGGACUCCAUCAAAGAUGGAAAUGGAUGAAGAUGCAGAGGGAGAUUCAGAAUCAUGCAAUUUGUCAUGUCUUGUUGCUGUUGGAAGAUUGCUGCCGCCUAUUCUAAAUGGGGUCAAGGUUCCUCCUUCUCCUCCUACAUCUGAGGGGGAAAGCAUAGAGUCAACUGAUGCCUCUCUUCCUCUUGCAUCCAAUUUCUCUUUCAUUUCACGCCAUGCUGUAGAUGGGAAGUUUGUCUAUGUUGAGCCCAGCAUGACCUUGGCUCUGGGAUAUCUACCACAAGAACUCUUGGGUACCAGCAUGUAUGAAUUCUGCUAUCCAGCUGACAUCACACACCUGGCAGAUGCACAUAAGACUGCUCUGAAGCAGAAUGACAGUUUUGCUGUUCCUGUGUACAGAUUUCGAAACAAGGAAGGGGAUUACACUCAUCUUCAGACCACCUUCAAGAGGUUUACCAACCCAUGGACAAAAGAAGUGGAAUUCCUCAUUGCCCGCCACACACUGAAGUUAGCACCUAAAAUAUCCCUUACAGGGAAACCUUUUGUUUGGCAGAUGGGAUCAUGCUGUCAUUUCUUUUGGUCAUCUUGCAGUGUGGAUAGCAAUGCAGAUUCACCUGGGACUCCAUAUCAAAAAGCUUUUGGUCAGGAAACCGAUAUGGGGUUAGAGGGAGAUGAGAAGAGAGACAUGGGACCAGAAUUGAAAUCUCAGAUCAGGCAACAAGUCAUGGAUGAAGCUCUGGAAAUCCCAUCAGAAAGUGGAUCUCUUCUUCCUCUUCCUUUCCCUACCAAACUCCCUACCUCAGGCCCAUCCACUUCUAGGGAGAAGUCUUUGGCCAGAGGGCCCUCAUUAGCCACAAUCCUCUCAUCAAAUGCUGCUUCAAAAAAUGGAGAAUCUGGAGUGAAGAACCAAACAGUGCUGGUGAAUGUAGCUGCAGCUGCAGCAUCUGCUGCUGCUCAAACCCUUAGACCUCCACAGUUCAAUGGAACUCAUUCAGACAGAGGGGCAUAUAGCAGGAGAAAUGAUGAAGCUGCCAUGGCUGUCAUCAUGAGUCUUCUUGAAGCAGAUGCUGGGCUUGGAGGACCUGUUGAUUUCAACGGCUUACCUUGGCCUCUUCCA